GCUGGGAUUACAGGCAUGAGCCUCCGCGCCUGGCCUAGCAUAUGGUGUUUUACAAACUGAUUCUACUAUUGAACUUUCUUUACAUGGGAUAUUGGGUGCAAGUCGAGUUCUGUGGACCACGCUUUGGGAAGUGCUGCCAGAAACUAUCCAAAACAGUAAUCUCCAGAGCACUUACGAGGCAGUCACAGCUUGAAGUGUGACGCUUAAUGUGUCACUGAUGUUGGAGCUGGGCUCUCAGGCUAUGCUUGCGGGAUGGUCCCCAUGUGCCUGUGGCGAGGUCUGUGGUGAAGCAGAGAUUAUCAAGGCUUUCCAGAGGAGCAGCAGGAACCCAGCUGCCCGGCAUCACCCUGGAGGAGUAGGGAGUCAGCAGUCAAAGCCUUAAGAUAAUUGGGGAACACAGGAUGUGACAAAAACCAGAAGUCUGUGAUGUUGUUUGUUCUCUAUGAGGCAUCAGAGGAGGCUUCAUGGAGCGGGUGACACUUGAGUUGGGUCUAGAAGGACAGUAGGAGUAUGCCAAAUGGGUGGAAAAGGAAGGAGGAUUCCAGGCAGAAAGCAGCUCAUGCAACACAAAUGUGGAAUCUCAGCUUGCAAGUUAGCAGAGCCAGAUAAGUCAGGCAGAGUUUGGAGGGGUUGACAGUAGGUUUUACGCCAGGGGUUUGGAGGCAGCUGCAGGCUGGGUAUUGGUGAGAGCAGGGAAGCUCCUGGACCGACUGAGCUCCCAGCAGACCUUGUAAACUGGAGCUCCCAAGCUUCUACUGGUGUACACGCUGUUGAGUCUUGCAGUUAGUGAGCACUAAUGCAUUUGGUUUUAUAUCUCCUGGGCUUGCAAACAUUGACCAGAACUUAAAAGCACCUGCUUCUGAUGGCGGGGGAACUUGCUUCCUGCAGCAAGUCACUUCUGGAGUGGGGUAUUGCUGAUCCUUCCCCAGCUGACCUGUUUAUUUGAUCUCCGUGGUAGCAGCGCAAUGUCCCUGCUCUUCUCUCGAUGCAACUCUAUUGUCACAGUCAAGAAAGAUAAGAGACACAUGGCUGAGGUGAAUGCAUCCCCACUUAAGCACUUUGUCACUGCCAAGAAGAAGAUCAACGGCAUUUUUGAGCAGCUGGGGGCCUACAUCCAGGAGAGCGCCACCUUCCUUGAAGACACGUACAGAAAUGCAGAACUGGACCCCGUUACCACAGAAGAACAGGUUCUGGAUGUCAAAGGUUACCUAUCCAAAGUGAGAGGCAUCAGUGAGGUGCUGGCUCGGCGGCACAUGAAAGUGGCUUUUUUUGGCCGGACGAGCAAUGGGAAGAGCACCGUGAUCAACGCCAUGCUCUGGGACAAAGUUCUGCCCUCUGGGAUUGGCCACACCACCAAUUGCUUCCUGCGGGUAGAGGGCACAGAUGGCCAUGAGGCCUUUCUUCUUACCGAGGGCUCAGAGGAAAAGAGGAGCGCCAAGACUGUGAACCAGCUGGCCCAUGCCCUCCACCAGGACGAGCAGCUCCAUGCCGGCAGCCUAGUGAGUGUGAUGUGGCCCAACUCUAAGUGCCCACUUCUGAAGGAUGACCUCGUUUUGAUGGACAGCCCUGGUAUUGAUGUCACCACAGAGCUGGACAGCUGGAUUGACAAGUUUUGUCUGGAUGCUGAUGUGUUUGUGCUGGUGGCCAACUCAGAGUCCACCCUGAUGCAAACGGAAAAGCACUUCUUCCACAAGGUGAGUGAGCGUCUCUCGCGGCCGAACAUCUUCAUCCUGAACAACCGCUGGGACGCAUCCGCCUCAGAGCCUGAGUACAUGGAGGAGGUGCGGCGGCAGCACAUGGAGCGUUGUAUCAGCUUCCUGGUGGAUGAGCUGGGCGUGGUGGAUCGAUCCCAGGCUGGGGACCGCAUCUUCUUUGUGUCUGCUAAGGAGGUGCUCAACGCCAGGAUUCAGAAAGCCCAGGGCAUGCCUGAAGGAGGGGGCGCUCUCGCAGAAGGCUUUCAAGUGAGGAUGUUUGAGUUUCAGAAUUUUGAAAGGAGAUUUGAGGAGUGCAUCUCCCAGUCUGCAGUGAAGACCAAGUUUGAGCAGCACACAGUCCGGGCCAAGCAGAUUGCAGAGGCGGUUCGACUCAUCAUGGAUUCGCUGCACGUGGCGGCUCGGGAGCAGCAGGUUUACUGCGAGGAAAUGCGUGAAGAGCUGCAAGACCGACUGAAAUUUAUUGACAAACAGCUGGAGCUCUUGGCUCAAGACUAUAAGCUGCGAAUUAAGCAGAUUACGGAGGAAGUGGAGAGGCAGGUGUCGACUGCGAUGGCCGAGGAGAUCAGGCGCCUGUCUGUGCUGGUGGACGAUUAUCAGAUGGACUUCCACCCUUCUCCAGUAGUCCUCAAGGUUUAUAAGAAUGAACUGCAUCGCCACAUAGAGGAAGGACUGGGCCGAAACAUGUCCGACCGCUGCUCCACGGCCAUCACCAACUCGCUGCAGACUAUGCAGCAGGACAUGAUAGAUGGCUUGAAACCCCUCCUUCCUGUGUCUGUGCGGAGUCAGAUAGACAUGCUGGUCCCGCGCCAGUGCUUCUCCCUCAACUAUGACCUGAACUGUGACAAGCUGUGUGCUGACUUUCAGGAAGACAUUGAGUUCCAUUUCUCUCUCGGAUGGACCAUGCUGGUGAAUAGGUUCCUGGGCCCCAAGAACAGCUGUCGGGCCUUGAUGGGCUACAAUGACCAGGUCCAGCGUCCCAUCCCUCUGACGCCAGCCAACCCCAGCAUGCCCCCCCUGCCACAGGGCUCACUCACCCAGGAGGAGUUCAUGGUUUCCAUGGUUACCGGCCUGGCCUCCCUGACAUCCAGGACCUCCAUGGGCAUUCUUGUUGUUGGAGGAGUGGUGUGGAAGGCAGUGGGCUGGCGGCUCAUUGCCCUCUCCUUCGGGCUCUAUGGCCUCCUCUACGUCUAUGAGCGUCUGACCUGGACCACCAAGGCCAAGGAGAGGGCCUUCAAGCGCCAGUUUGUGGAGCAUGCCAGCGAGAAGCUGCAGCUUGUCAUCAGCUACACUGGCUCCAACUGCAGCCACCAAGUCCAGCAGGAACUGUCUGGGAUCUUUGCUCAUCUGUGUCAGCAAGUUGACGUCACCCGGGAGAACCUGGAGCAGGAAAUUGCCGCCCUGAACAAGAAAAUUGAGGUUCUUGACUCACUUCAGAGCAAAGCAAAGCUGCUCAGGAAUAAAGCCGGUUGGUUGGACAGUGAGCUCAACAUGUUCACACACCAGUACCUGCAGCCCAGCAGAUAGUGGGCACCUGAGGCGGAGCCUGCGUGGAGAGGGGUGGUGCUGCCAGCUCUGAGUGCCAUGUGGGUUCCCCCAGGGGCACAUGUGGCUCCUGCCCCUGGCCACCGCCAAGAGAAUGAAGCACCCAGUCUCCUACCAUUUUGAGCCCUCCAGCACUACUUAUUUUCCCCCACCUUUGCCUGCUGUUGCUGGAAGAGCUGGCUCAUACCCCCAAAGGACACUUUUAACAACAGCUAUGGACAGCAUGGUACCAAGGAGUUAAGUUGAGGCUUUUUCCAGCUUUCUCUGGUUCAUUUGAUCGCUUGAUAAGGCCUCAGGAUCUCAGCAUUGCACAAUGCCUCAUGGAAGCCUUUGAGGGUAUCACGCAGACACCCCCACCUUCCUCCAGCCUGUGCGUACCUGCCCUCCUUGCAGCCCAGCGCACCUGCAGGUGUAAGGGAUGAUUGGAGUUUCUUCCCAGAGAGUCUGUCCUGGAAGGACUGUGGCUUGUGUGUGUGUCUGUCUCGCCUGUUGGUUCAGUGCUUCAUCCCAUUUGCAGAGCCUCAGACACGUCUUGGUGGUGAGGCUCAGUUACCCCUGGGCUUAGGCUGAGGCGGGCCCUGUGCUAGGGGUGGUAGAAAGGAUGCUGCUGAGGCAGCUGGAGGAGUGGGAGUAGCUCAGUGGGGAGGGCUGUUGGAUGUAUGGGGAGCUGGCAGAGCAGGUGGUGGUCACUGGGACAAGGAGGGACUUGCCUCUCUUCUCAUUAUUGUGUCCUUUGCUUUAGUGUCAGUCCUGGACUUGUGCAGGCCUGUUUUGUGUAGAUCUGUUUUGGAAGAUGGCUUGGUCUAGGUGGUUGAAGGAUGUAGUAGAAGGAAGGAUGGUGAAAGGUGGGUACGUUGGUGGCUGGCUGAGGUGCGUGGGCCCCACACAGGACUGCUGGAGAAUGGGCCGUCCACUUGGCCUUGUUCUGCGGGGGGGCUCAUGGGUCUGAGAGCCCCCACCCACUAGGCUUGAUUGCAGCCCUGUUGUGCCCUUUAAGAAACAUGUUUCCACCCCACCCCCAACCUUGCCCCAAGUGCCCUGGACUAAAUUUCUUGUGCCAGUGACUGCAGUUGGCCAAGGGACAAUGUGGAAAACCCAGUGCCCAUCUUUCCACCCUCCCUGAUCUCCAGAACCUUCGACUGACCUCGUCUUUAUGCUGAUGUUGAGUUUUGGGAUUGUUACUGGUUGAAGUGGGGGCAGAUGCCUGUCACCAAGGUGUUGACUGUGUGAGUAAAGCAGUUUGAGUGACAAAUCCUGUGUGGCACAAGUUGGAUCGCUUCCUACAAAUAAGCAACACCUCUCCCAAAAAGCAGCCCACAAGGCAGGGGCCCAGCAGCCCAGCCAUCACUCAUCUUUGAGGAAAUGAGUUGGUAGCCUCUGUGCACUGGUUGGUGGCCACAUCACAGGUGAUGUCCUUUUCACAUACCUGCUUGUACUUAAAGCCUCAGUCUGUCCUGUUGUGUGGGGCGAAGUAAUGGACUCUGCCAGGUGGACAUGCUGUGGGUGGAUGUUCCCGGUGUGUUCCGGGCCUAAAUGGACAGGGGCCACUUCACAGCAUGUCAGGGAAAAUCAGUGUCACACAAUUCCAAUGGAUUUUGUGCUCUUUUUGAAAAAAAAAAAAAAAAAAAAAAAAUUCUUUAGCGUAGACAUGAAUUUUUUUUCAGUGUAGCCCCUGGGGAAUGAAUGAAAUUUUGAGCUUCAAUAAGUAAAUUUAUACCACUGAGGGAGAGACCCUUUCUGAAAGAAGUAUGGCCAAAAGCAUCUUAAUGCUGCUGACAUUGUUCUGUUUUUAUGUUCAUUUGCUGAAGCGCAAGACGUGCUGACACAGUGAGUUUUCUCUGAUGUAUUUAAGGUGAUGUUUUUGCCUGAGUUACUCCUGUAUCAUUGCUCAUAAUAUUGGAAACUAAAAUAAAACCUAGUUGGAAA